UUUUGCGUUUUGCAGGAAGUGACGACACAGUUGACUUUUUUUUUUUCUCCAACUGCAGUCUCCUGCAACAUUUAUGCUCCCGCAUUCAGCAGAGCGCCGGCAUUUGCCCUGCAUCGAGGUCUGCCUUGCGAAGUGCUCCGUCGUGCUGCCGCGACCAGUCGCCUGCUGCUUCGUCACGAGGUGCCGGAAUGGAUGCGCCGAAUAAUUACUCCGACUUUUUCGAAGGGACUGAGAAACUACUCGAGGUGUGGUUCAGCCGUCGGGACGGCAAAGAAGAGAACUGCGACCUGCGGAAAAUUUCCAGGUCCACCUGGGAAUCUCUGCUAAAGCUUGUCAAGUGCGAGAUCAUCAGCUUCAAGAAGAAUGAGACGUUGGACUCCUAUGUGCUCAGUGAGAGCAGCAUGUUCGUGUCUAAGCGCUGCUUCAUUCUCAAGACCUGCGGUUCUACCACCCUGCUGAAUGCGGUCAAGCCUCUCCUGUUCCUCGUCCAGGAACUGACUGGAUUUGACGAAGUGCUGGACAUCUUCUACUCUCGCAAGAACUUCAUGAGGCCCGAACUCCAGGACAAGCCUCACACCAGCUUUGAGGACGAAGUGGAAGUGCUGGACGAGCUUUUUGACGACGGUGCUGCCUACUGCAUGGGAAGAAUCAACCACGACUGCUGGUACCUCUACACCCUGAACACUCCGAUGGGCUACCGUGGGAUUCAGGUUCCUGAUCAGACCCUGGAGGUGAUCAUGCAAAACCUGGACCAGGACAUCAUGCGCAUCUUCACCCAAGAGGCGUCUGCCAAUGCCAAGGAGGCCACCCAAAAGUCCGGCAUAGACCGUCUCUACCCGGGAGCCGUGCUGGACGACUUCUUGUUCAGCCCCUGCGGCUACUCGGUCAACGGCAUCUUCAAAGGGGGCCAUUACUUCACCAUUCACAUCACCCCUGAGCCACAUUGCUCCUACGUCAGCUUUGAGACCAAUGCUCCACAGGAUAACUACCACGAGCUCGUCACUGCACUCCUGAAAAUGUUUCUGCCGGGGAAAUUUGUGAUGACUCUGUUCGCUAACAAGCUGUCUGUGGCGGCCAAGGGGAUGAAGGAGAACUGCAACACGGAGUUCCGGAGCUACAGCCGCAAGGAGCUGCAGGUGUGCCGCUUCAACUCGUACGACCUGACCUACGCGCUCUUCGCCAAGGCCCCCAGUUGAGGCCCAACACCCGCACCCGUCUGGACAUGCCUCGAUUUACACUCCCCUCCUCCUCCGGCGUGAACAGAGGUCACUCUGCUGGGGAUCACUGCCCCGCCACGCUGGGCCCCAAAGGGGGACCCUCCGACCAAUCGGACGACCGGGCCGUAGGCCACAUUUGCUCGCCGGCGCUCGCUCCGUGAGAGUGCCCUCCCGACGCGAGGUUUUGGGGUGGCAUGGGUCCGAACGCUGGAGUAGCCGGCCUCUCCGAAAGAGAGGAAAGGCGGAAGACGCGAAGCUUCUGGAGCGGACAUUUCUUCGGACCGACGACAAAGUCCGGACAGUAUCUGUUUGCAUAUUUUUUUUAUUACUCGGCUGUUUUAUGCGGUGAGAAGGAGAGGUCUUUGACUGUGACACGAAGCCGUGCUGAUUAAUAAUUGUUAAGUCAAUUGCUACUACACACAUUCAUUUAAACUUGGCUGGCAUUAGGAAUUUGCCUUUCAAGAUGCUCGUUACAUUCCACAUUUUUGUUUUUAGAGUUAAAUGGUGUUUUAAGGAAUGCAGAGCGCACUUGCUGACAAUACUUUUGGUAAGAAAGUGAUUUAGCAAAAAUAUGCCUCGGUAAAAACAGAAGGAUAUUAAAAAAUGUAUUUCAUCAAAACAGGCUGGGUGAAACGAUUUUAUAUCCUAACCUAACCCAAGUUUACAAAAAUUCACUUACUUUAAAACAUUUUUUUUUAAUACUGCGAGCAGACAACUGUCCGGCAUUUGCGAGGGUUAAACAUUCCGCUCGCACCGUCGAGAACCGACGUCCGCCAUAGUCGAUGUCGUGUGUGUUUGCAUGUUGUCAAUAGUCUUAUACUAGAGCGAGUGUAUGGAAAUGCGAGGUAUGUCCAGACGAGGUGAUGAGGAACCUUUUUUUAAAAUCUCUUUACGAUUCUUAUCCAGUGUGUACGAGAUGUGAUGGGUGGUGGCCUGUUGUAGCCUCCAUAUUUUAAGGUGUAUCUAAAGACAAAACAAAAAUGUUUACAAAAAAAAAAGAUGGGACAGUAACUGUGUUAUUGUACGGAAGCCUUGUAUUCCAAUAAAGUGCUUUAUUGCACCGUGAAAAUGUA